GUCCGUGAUUGUCGUGCCUGAAAAACUCAGUAGUAUAAGUGAUUGCAAUGCCCUAUUUCGCGUGAAGCAGUGACACCUGGGGAAGUAAUGCUCGUUGAGCCUGUCAAAAUCGCAAAAGUCGCAGUCGCAACAUGGAAGGAAUCACGGAAAACGCACGGACCAACCGCGCCCGACUCUGGAGGUGACCACGAUACACUCAGAUUCUCUCCGCGCCCAGCUUCCCCAACAUCCCGCAGCGGCCAGAUGGCUCUUGGGCUUCUCGAACACCCCGUCUCCGGCUCCAACGCAUCUCCAGUACUCCAGCUCGAGCUCCAGCACUCCAGGUCCGAGAAUCUCACCACUCCCCAUCGCAUCCCCAUAUUGCUGCCGACUCCGUAUCUUGAGCUACCCCCUGGGACCGUAGCAGAGACAGACGAUCCCCCACAACCCAACGAAAGAAAGGGGGUGCGACGACGCAACGGUACCAUCACACACAGCAGCGCAGUCCAGUUAGCGGCCCUCACCCUUUUCCCCGAUCACCGAGGCACGACAAUUCCCGAGCCGGCGGAGGUACGACAGGAUACCAUUGGUCCCCCACUCCGGGGCGAGAGAAAAUUUGGUCUGGUCAGGCGGACGGCGGACGGCGUCAGCACAGUUCAAAAAGACACGGCAUCAGCGCGGCGAAAUCGACCCCCCGGCACGACACUCCGUUUUUGCGUUUUUUUUUCUUUUUCGACGACGACGUGGUGGAUGUUCCGAGGUUGCGACUUGCACUGGCAAGUCCACAAUGCUCACGGAACCCUUCGGUGUUCUUGAUUUUGGGAGUGUUGGCAUCGAAGACGGGCCGAUAAGGGUCUCCAAUCGAUGGAGCCUCGGUCUCCACCGAUGGAGCAGAGUUUUAGUGAGCUCAGGCCAUUGUUUUGCAAAACUCGGGAGGCGACGA